GAGCAUAGCCUGAACACUCAGCACAGCAGCCUGACCAGGGAGUCUGUGCCCAGGACUCAGAGCACUAAGAAUGGCUCCCAGUAACACUCUCAUGGUCCACAUGGAGGAGAAGCUGCUGCCAAAAGAAAAGAAUAAACUGAGGAAGCCGGUGGUGGAGAAAAUGCGUCGUGACCGGAUUAACAGCAGCAUCGAGCAGCUGAAACUGCUGCUGGAGAAGGAGUUCCAGAGACACCAGCCCAACUCCAAGCUGGAGAAAGCCGACAUCCUGGAAGUGGCUGUCAGCUACCUGAAGCAGCAGAGCCAGCUGCAGGACCAUGCAUUCAUGCACAAGAAUCUAGAGCAGGACUUCAACAGUGGAUACCUGCGGUGCCUCAAGGAAGCUAUGCAUUUUCUGUCCUACUAUGAACCCAAGAAGGAAACUCAGGUGCAGCUGAUCAAGCACUUCUGCAAAGCUCAGAUGAGUGCAGAUGUCAUGUACUCUCCUGCUCCACACAGUUCACCUCUGUCACCCUGCCUGUUUGCCAGAAAGCAGCCUGCCCAGAAGACUGUGGCUGCUGCUCCUACCAUCUGGAGACCCUGGCAGACCUGCUGAACUUUGCUUUAUUCCUAUGUUUUGCUACAAAAACUAGAGGGACCUGUGACUGAAUAGUUCCUCUUUAAAGUAGGAAACAUUGCUUUCCAAAGGUGGGAGGGGGGCAGUUAUUGUUUUUCUGUCACAAGAAAUGAGGGUCGCCAGGUAGUUUCCCUUCAUAGUGAAGGACUGUGUGUGUAUCUUGCAGCAAAGUUGCUGCUUUUAUUGGUGGCUCUUAGCCAAAGACAGAACCACGUUCUGAGGUGAUUUAGAGAGCCAAAGCUCUUCAGUUUCCAUCACACUUUUGCUUGACAAGGCUGUCAGUGCAAAUCUUUCUACUAAUUCCCUGGGUCACUGGUUCAAGUGCUCCAUUGUCUCCAGAUGAUGUACUGACCUUCCUAAAGAAGGAGCACUUUGAAGAAUGUAUUUUGUAUCAUAAAGAAAGUAUUGAGCCUUUAUCUUUUGAGUGAAAGCUGUUAUUAAGAAAUGCUGAUUCCUCUGCAGUUCCUCUGCUAUUUUUAGUCUAUCUUCUUUCAGAGAGUUAUAAUGGUAACAGAUAGCUCUAGGGAAAAUUCUCCUCAUGUCAGCAUGUGCUGCUCUCAGCUGAAGAAUACUUGAUGCCUUUUGUAAAGGAAAUACCUGUGAUAUACCUUGAGGAAAAGGGGGAGGAAGGGAGGCAGUGUUUUAUAAUCAUUCACUGAACAUGCUGAAGAGCUUAAAAAGCUUUUAUAAAGUUGUGAUGUAUUCAUCCUGUGUGAUGUUCAACUUUGGUGUCUUUACUAUACAAUACAAUAAAAAGGUUUUAGUCAUUAAUCCUUUGGUUUGAAGUUAUUAAAAUGGCUGGAAUGAGUGUUGCGGGUAAACUCCUCUUGCAGUGGGGGAGCUAUCAGGUCAUGUCAUAUUUUUGAGCCCUUCACUCCACUACAUAGAUUAUAUUUGUGACAUUUAUUUGGCAGAACAGGAUUUCAGACCCUGCCAAGAAGCAACCUCUGGAAAAGUUAUUAACAAUUAAAAUGGAGGUGAAACUGAAGUGGGAUACUGAGAGGUGUAGACCCAGAUACUUCAUAGCCAUCUAUUCAGACCUCAACAAAUCACUAAUUUCACAGCCACUUUAUUUCUCCUCACUCCCCAUUCAUUUUUCUGCCAACCUGAGGUCAGCCGUAUGCUUUCUGUCCAUUUAGAGGGCAGCAACAUGAAAAACUCCUAAUAACUUCCAAAGAGUUUGGCACAUAACUCUGGGGAAUCUCACUCGUUUCUGUGAAACUAGUUUUUGUGAACUAGUUUUUGUUGCUUUUUAAUUUAGCACCUUCUGUUACUGAAACAUGAAUUCUGUUAGGCAGGAACAGAAUUUCUUUACUGAUAUGAAAUAUGACCAUAUAUGGCUAAAAGUCUACACAAUUUGAUAACAGACAGAUCGAAAAAGCAUUUUCUCUCCUAAAUUACUUCCCCAUGCUCUUCUUUUUGUUGAACAAUUUCUUCUUCUCUGUCAUCCACCUAAGGGUCCAAAACAUGCCCUGAAUAGGGGCUGUGCCUCAGAGUUAAGAAGCCACCACACUCCACCACACUGUGAAGGUUGUUGCAGAGACAUUCUCUCUGGCAAGCAUCGUUUAAAUGAUCCUCCCUUGAUUUUUUCACCCCAUCUCAACUCAGAAAACAGAUUUAGCAUAUCCUCUUAUGUGGGGAUUUACAGCACCAGCUGAGGAAGAGAAGUGUGAGAAGGGGAUCUUAAAGCCACCUUAAAUACCAACAGCCUUUCCAAAAGACAGCACUUUCCCCAAAAACGUUCACUCACUUUUCCUUAGAAGAGUUCCCAUUCCUUGCUAAGCAAGUACUAUUUACCUUUUAUUUUUCCUUCUCUUCAAAGUAAAAUAAAUCAGCACAAAUAAUCAGUUCACAAAACUAUUAUCUAAUCACAGUAACACAUUGAUUUUGAUAUCUGACCAACCUCUCAUUCUUCUAGAGAUACAGUAAGAGUGUGAAACACCACUGGUCAACUGUUUAAACUCUCAGAUUCCCUGGGAAAGGUGCCCUGGAAAACCUUUGUUUCUACCAUAUGCUUUUUUUCCUUAAACAAAAGGAACCUGGCAUAUUUGAUCUUAUCAAAUGGCUGCCUAACUAAGCACUAAGCAAACUCAGAUCUGCUAAACUGGCAAGAUCAAACGUCAUUGAGACACUGCCAGGGGUACCUGGCCAGUCCUCACUUGAUUUGUGAUUAAACCCUCCGUUACACAUAUGGAAACAACCAAAAAGCCAUCUAGCUGGGCCAGGAACAUAUUGCUCUACCUCGUCACAGUUGCAUGGAUCAUUUUAAUUAUUAUUUUACCUUGAAUGCACAGGCUGGCUGACCGCUUUUCAUCCGUUUACCAGUGCAAUACAAGGUGGGGUUUUGGUAUAGUUCUGCAAUUCAUCAGGGCUGAUACUAAUGCUGCAGAUGAAGUUGUUCCUCCUAAUGAACUACUAAAUAAUUCAGAGAAGAUAUUUUUAGGUUUUGUGGUUGCUUAGUGAUCUUGCAAAAGUCACUUCACCUUGCUGUGCUCAACUUGUCUGUGCCAGUUAGUACAAGCUUCUGAAUCCCAGCAGAACUCAAGCUGUGUGUUUUUAAAUCAGGCCUAAUCAAAGCACCUGCAGAGAGAAAGUUCGGUUUGGGGGAGUUCAGACUCAGGCAGAAUGCAACGUUCCCCAGAGCACACCCCAACCUGAUCGUGCACCACAGGAACUAGGAGUGGAGUCACACACGGCAUAGAGAAGCAUGGAUGGGCAUCCUCUGCGGCUAACAUGUUGCCACCCAAGUAAACCCCGUUGUAACAGUUGGCAGCAUCCCUGCAGUUUGUUUACAACUGACAGCAUCAAUGGAAAAGAGAAAGCAAACCAAAGAAGAGCUGCACAAACUGGAGAUGACUGCUGCAGGUGAACCCAGUCCCUCUAGUUCUAGCCUAACACAGGCACAUGCCGUAGAAAUGAUAACUGUGCAAAACUCAUGUGAGAUCAGUCAGGUUUCUAAGCCCAGAACUCCUGCCACCCAUGUUGACAUAAAUCUGGAGACAUGGCUCCUGUCACUCAAACCACAAACUCCGAUUCUCAUUUACACUGAGGCUAUACUAUAUUGCUCUGACUGUAGCAGGGUGUAGCAGACAGUGCAUAGUUGUCAGUGUACCUGAGGUUCAGACCUAUCAUUUGCAGAGUGGUGUAAGGGAGAGGAGAAGAAACCAAACCCCACCAGAAAGCCUCCCCUUGCUCCAGGGAUGUGUAGCUGAUGCAAUUGCACUGCUUCUGGGUUUUGCCAGCCAAAGACUUGCCCUCUGGGCUUUAAUGUAGCAAUUACCUGAAUGCUAAAAGCCAGACCUCUGGUUUCCCCAGUCCCAGCACAGCAAAGGUUAUGUUUACAAUUUAUUAAUUAUUAUCACUUAUAAUAAUUGAAAGCAAAGCUUCUUAUUGCUCCUCUGUCCCCUGGGGUGACUCUCCCCUGCUCCAACACAUUCCCACCCUUAGGAAAGAUGUUGUUUAUUAUGCUGAUCCCACAGCCCAGGAAUACUCUCCUGACAAAGCCCCUAUUAACCUCAGAGUGUGGGCCUGAGUUUCUCAG